AUGCUUCGACUCACGGAGCUGGUAUUUCUUUUGGCCACGAUCAAAUGUAAUGUGACUGCCACAACCGAAUCAAUUAUCCCAACCUACCACAACCCAACUUCAACUACCAGCCCAACUUCAACUAAACAAUUAACCACUAUCAACCUAAAUGCAACCACUACCGACACAAAUGCAACUACUGCCUACCCAAAUGCAACCACUAUCAACCCAAAUGCAACUGACCAGUUAACCACUAUCAACCCAAAUGCAACUACUGCCUACCCAAAUGCAACUACUAUCAACCCAAAUGCAACUACUGCCAACCCAAAUGCAACUACUGCCAACCCAAAUGCAACUACUGCCAACCCAAAUGCAACUACUGUCAACCCAAAUGCAACUGACCAGUUAACCACUAUCAACCCAAAUGCAACUGACCCGUUAACCACUACCAACCCAACUGAUCAUCAAUCUACAAGUGACCAAUCAACGGCCAUGUAUCAACCUACAACUGACCAAUCAACGACAAUGUAUCAAUCUACAACUGACCAAUCAACGGCCAUGUAUCAACCUACAACUGACCAAUCAACAACCAUGUAUCAAUCUACAAGUGACCAAUCAACGGCCAUGUAUCAACCUACAACUGACCAAUCAACGACCAUGUAUCAAUCUACAACUGACCAAUCAACGACCAUGUUUCAAUUUACAACUGACCAAUCAACGACCAUGUAUCAAUCUACACCCCUUGUCGAGUCAACCAACGAAAUGACAACAGCAGCUCCACCAUAUUUCUGCGGGGGACCAGUGGACACUUUUGAGGACGCCAUCAAAUGCAGCAGCAGCAGUAACGUCAGCAGGAAUAACAGCAUUGGUGUGGACGAGGCUCCUGGGAAGCUAACAGCUGACCAGAAAGUCGCUCUAGAAGACUUCCUUACGAGCAUUGCGUCUCUACCUACGAAUACACGGCUGUCAAAGAGCGAGACAGAUAGCGUCGCUACGAAUGUUCUGUUCGCGUUUUCAAAGCUAACGGAACCUGAACAGACUUUGUCAACUGAAAAUGAGAUGGAUGUAGUGUCUGACACAGAAGAUGCGAUGAAGGUUUUGGCUGGAACUUUAGCGCCUGGCAACUGCACAACGCUCACAAAACAACAAAACAGUGCUGACUUAUGCAGCUACCAGACUGUAGACGAUCUUAAAGCAUUUGAAUUUGUCCAGGAAGUGGAAACUUCUGCCUCAUCAUCCCAGGAUAGCCUGGAUGUUGAUUUCAGUGACUUUGACCUACUUCCUGAUGAUGGGAAUUUCACUUUGGUGGUCUUGAGGAAAGAGAAUAAUCUGAACAGAACAGUUUUCCUGAACAAAACAGAGACAGAAGUUGCUUACAACGAGACGACUCAAGAAGUGAACAGCGCCCUCUUGACCUUCUCGCUCUUUGUUGAAGGCAACAAGACAUCGGUGCCCGUUACCUUCCGCCUUCAGCACAUUGAAGAUACUGGCACAGAAAUACGUACCAUUGAUGAUACAGCAUUUUAUGAGGUCAGAACACCCAUAUGCACAUUUUGGAACGAGAUUAACGAAACAUGGUCAUCUUGGGGAUGCAAGACGGUAUUCUCGACAACAAAUUUCUCGAAAUGCGACUGCAAUCAUUCAACAAACUUUGGGAUUCUUAUGGACAUUAGUUAUAAGGAAACUAAGAUUCUACCAGAAAUCACAGUCUUGGGACCUCUUGACUGGCUUUCUUAUAUUGGCGUUGGGGUGUCGAUAUUAGCACUGGUCCUCCAACUCACUAUUUACAUCUAUUUAUGGACGAUGUUGCAGUUUGAUCGUAUUUUCAUUCAUACUAACCUAGUUGUAGCUCUCUUGGUGGCUCUUAUCUUAUUUGUUGGCGGUGUUGAUCUUGGAAAUGGAAACCCGGUUGUCUGCAAGAUCAUCGCCCUGUUUCUGCAUUACUUCUACCUAUCGGUCUUUGGUUGGAUGUUGGUAGAGGGGGUGCAUCUCUACAUGAAGGUGGUCAAAGUCUACGGCAGUGAGAACAUUAAGAUGUACCGCUACAUUCUCAUCGGCUGGGUCGCUCCGGCCGUAAUAUGCGCCAUAUCUUUUGGUGCAAACAACGAAGGAUAUGGAUCAAAGACAGCUUGUUGGCUUGUGGGGGACAGUGUCUUUUCAUUUAUAGUACCAGUCAUAGCAGUUGUAAUGUUCAACAUGAUUGUUUUUACGAUGGUGAUCCGGAUCAUUAUGAAAUCAGCUCGGUUACAUCAAGAGAAAAACUAUGACCACAUCAAAUCUGGCGUGAAGGGCGCCCUCGUUCUCAUGCCCAUCAUGGGAAUGACGUGGCUCUUUGGACUGCUAAAUUUCUAUGGCGACGGAGAGGUUUUCGAGUAUCUCUUUAUCAUCUUCAAUUCUUUCCAGGGACUCUUCAUCUUUCUGAUCUAUUGCGUAUUCAACUCAGAGGUCAGAGCAGCAUUUGUGCGUAAACGAAACAAGCGUCGACAGGUGAUGGCACUUGACUCCAGGAUCUUACCCAUGCAGUCAAAGGUGACAGAAACUGAGUUUUUACCAGACCCUAGCAUACAAAUUGAAGAUGAUGGUCUCGACCACGAACCUGAAAACGUCCCUGAAGAAGGCAUGCCAAUUGCUGACAUUUGCUUCAGCUGCAGACUGUCAGGGCACUGGUCCAAAGAUUGCCCAUUUAACAUUGACGCUGGACUCUCUAGAAUCAAGCCUAGAGUGAGACAAGCACAGUCUGUCGAUAUCGUCGAACUCAGCAGGACAAGCACUCCAUCCUGCUGUAGCUCAAUGGAACUCCCUGGUACUCCGUCACCUCCACCAGUGUCGGUGGAACCAAGCGAACCAGAUGAACCUGUCGCUACUCCCGAACCGAUCGAAUCAAAUGAACCUGUCGCUAGUCCCGAACCGAUCGAACAGGAAUGCCUGAUAACACCUCCAGUCAGUCCAGUAGAGGCAUUAGUGCUAGCUCCAUGUCCUGCCCUCAAACCACACAAAAACAUCUCUAACAAGAGUGUUUUGCCGAAAAAUAAAGUUGAGGCGUGGAAAUACUGGUGAAGAAUCACGUAACCCACACAAGAGCCACUACUACCUAAAAUAUUAUUUGUUUUAUUAUGGGGUCGCUCAGUUUCAUGACAGAAUCUGAAUGAAAAUAAAGUUGUUAUGACUGCCAAUCCUCCAGAAAAAGUUGUUCACCUUACUUGUUAUAUAUACAGAAAUGUUUAGCAAUAGACCCCUCUAAAGUGUUUCUUAACAGUUAAAAAAAAUUAAAUCUUUAAAAAUUAUGUUAAAUACUUUCAGCAUUAAAGACACUGGACACGAUUGA